AUGGAACCUAGAUCCUGCCCUUUACUCCAACAAGGAGACGCACCUGUUUCCUUUGUAACUCACCAGACGAAAGAUGUAUGUAAUAGAAUCCUGGAAAUCAUGUUCGACCACGCGCUUGACAAAUUCGAUGAUUCGAAAGAGCGGCUAGUGGCUGGGAAGCAAUUUUUUUCGUCAGUGAUCAACAAAUACGUCCAGACGGGGGAACGAAUCGAAGCCUGUUUACCCGCCUUCCCCUUCAAGUCGGCGAACAAGGUCUACAAGGUGCUUGGGUCUCUUCCAGACAAAGCAGAAGAGCUGGCGCUUGAGCGACUCAACAACAUGUGUGUGAGGAUAAAGCAAGUUUACAAGCCCGGGGCAAGUGUAACAAUCAUUUCAGAUGGAAUCAUAUACAAUGAUCUAUUGUCGAUAUCGGAUCGCGAGACGUGGGCCUACGGUGAAGCCUUGCGUCAAAUGGCUGUCGAAAAGAAGUUCACAUACAUCGCCUUCGCACGCUUAAGAGAUAUACUUGACUUCCCACUGCCCGAAAAGAUGCGAGAAAUUACUUAUGUUGCUAACUGUACUAACUUUAGGCGCUUACUUAUGAAUAAGCAUGGAAGGCUUGGUAUUGACAUCGACAGAGAGAUCAUGGAUAAUCCAGACACCAAGUUGACGUAUCUUGGAUAUCGGAAAUUCUUAGAAUCUGAUUUAAGGUACAUAUUCAAUACCGGGGAUAGUGCCGGCCGAAACCAAUACAAACGAGAUGUCAAAUACCUCGCGAAGCAGAUGCUCAUCAGGGGAUAUGCGUUCGCUGGAGCGGUGAAAAACGCGUUUCCAAACCACUUGAGACUAUCAAUCCAUGAAUCCAUUGGAGAACAAAAAUUAUCAAUAAGCCUUUUGAAUACCAGGACGGGCUACACCACUCCAUGGCACUGUAGCGUGGCUCAGCUAGCUAACGGAGAGUGGCUCAGCGCCCCCAAAGGAGAAUUUGAGCAGGACCCACGUCUAGAGCUCGUGUACGAGAACGGCAGACCUAGCUACUUCAUGGAAAAUUUGGAAACAGCGAGUAUGACCGGCAUUAAUGAAGAGAAUGCGAGCUACCUCAAGGCUGGCAAGCUAUUCAACGGUACGCAGAAUGGAUAUUCUCUGCCGCGUUCGACAAUACAAGAAAAUGGCUCGAGUCUGGUCACAUCCCAUGGAAACUCGUCAACUAAUUCCUUCUUUGAGAACGAAAAUUCAGCAGGAUCGGGUCCAGUCGUUUCAUUCACUGAGCAGGACGAGCCAUCCUACGGUCGACGACUCAUUCCUCAGAUCAUGGAUCAAUUGGCAGUAACCCAUCCGGAUCGGAUUAUCUUCUCUCUUACAACCACUUCAGGCAACGAUUUGAAAUUUAAAGACAUCUCUGCGAAAGCUUUUAAAGAAGCUGUGGACAAAAUAGCUUGGUGGCUUUACAAAAAGAUCGGGCCAUCAUCUACAGUUCAACCAAUUGGCUAUAUCGGGCCCCAUGAUCUCCGCCAUGUGUUGCUUACAUAUGCUUGCGCCAAGGCUGGUUAUGCUGUACUCAACCUAUCGCCCAAGAACAGCACCAAAGGAGCUUUGGCCGUGAUAGACGCAACUAAAUGCAAAAUCUGGGCUAAAGCAAGCGAGGUAGAUGCCGCACCUCUUGUGGAGGAUUUCCUACAGCAACGUACCAUGAAUUUGUUACAAAUACCGCUUCUUGAAUAUCUCUUGGAUGCAAAGAAUACUAAGCCAUUUCCAUACACAGAGACGUUCGAGCAAGCUGCCAACAAACCUUUCUGUUACCUCCAUACCUCGGGUUCCACUGGCGUCCCCAAGCCCAUUCCAUGGACACAUGCACUCAUUGGGACAAUGGAUGCAAUCCGCUUACUUCCCUCUGUUGAUGGUAUGCUGCCUUGGUCUCAUGAUUGGAAAGAAGGCGACCAGAUCUAUUCUUCUUUCCCAAUGUGCCAUGGCGCUGGGAUUAUCAUGAACAUUCUCAUGCCCGCACUUUACGAACUUCACUGUAUCCUCGGGCCGCCGAAUGUUAUUCCAAGUAUUCCACUGAUUGACAAACUCAUUGACUGUUCAAGAAUCAAUAUUUGGAGCUUGGUUCCUUCGCUUGCCGAUGAGCUUGGAGAGGCGCCUGACGUGUUAACAAAGCUCAAGUCGCCCCCGAACAAGUUCAUUGUCGCAUCUGGCGGCCCAGUCAAUCCUUCUAGUACCGGCAAGGUCAAUGAGGCUAUCAGGGUUCUAAACCUCACUGGCACUACUGAGGGCCUUUUUAUCGGAAACCUUGUUGUAGAUAGGGAAGAUUGGUUCUGGUUUGCUUUCCACCCUUACUCUGGAUUCGAAUUCAAGGAAGUUGAGCCAGGGCUGUUCGAGCACUGGAUACACCGCAACGAGCACGCAUCACUGUUCCAGGGCAUCUUUCACACAUUUCCCGAAAAGGAGUCCAUCAACUUCAAAGACUUAUACCGGAAACAUCCUACAAAGCCCAACCUAUGGGCAUUCGGUGGUCGUAAUGAUGAUCUGGUUGUUCUCUCUACUGGCUACAAGAUCUUUCCUCAGGAAAUUGAGGCGCUCAUAUCCACACACCCAGCGAUCGAAGGCUGUCUAGCUAUAGGCAGCCAUAAGACUCAUGCAGGCCUUCUUAUCGAGCUGAAAGAUCCUUCGGUGAAGACUGACAAGAUGACUGAUAGCAUAUGGUCGACAAUCAAGGCACACAUGUCAUCUUCGAAAUAUCCAGUGCAGUUUUCAAGGGAUUACGUUAUCUUUGCCCAACCAGACAAACCUUUUGUCCGUACCGAUAAAAGAACAAUCAAACGGAAGGAUACCCUAUUACUUUAUGAGGAUUAUAUUAAGCGAUUAUAUAGCAUUCGGAGCAAUGAAAUUACCUUCAAAAUCGACACUAGCUCUAUGCUAAAGCUGCAGCAGUCUGUCCGAGAGGUUUUCGCUUCGUCUCUUCCCGCGAUGUGGGAAGCCUCGCCUGACGAUGACUUCUUUGCACUUGGGCUUGAUUCACUUGGAGUAUCGGCAGCCGUUAAAGCGAUUCAAGAAGCUACCAAGGGUCUGAAAAAACUUGCUCCUCGCCAUAUCUAUGCCAACCCUACUUUAGGAAAGUUUACCGCCGCGCUUAAGUCAAUGAUAGCUGAAGAGGAAGAUGCGAAAGCUGGAAGGAAACAGAUCAAAAGUCGAGAAUCAAAAAUACAAGAGAUGAUCAUUCAACGCAGAGCCCAUCAAUCCUUCCGAUUGAAUCCUCUCGACUACAUAUCAGCAGGCACCUACAUGUGGUUUGUGUUCUACUUGCCUCUGGCUGCUGGCGUAACGUUCGAGGAAGCGUUUGAAAACUUGCAGAAGGGGCUUGAUCGAACCCUAAAGCUCAUGCCAGCCCUGGGAGGCAAGUUAAUCAGGUGCCCAGAGGACGAAAUUGGUUACAAAAAUGGAGAACUCAGCGUCGCAGUCCCACCUCUCGACUAUCCAACUCGUAGCCGCCUAGUUUACAAGGACCUGAGUGACGUGCUUCCAUCUUUUGAAGCACUUAGGAAAGGCGGCUUUGUAACAUCUGCCCUUGGGGAUGUGCAAACGUUGACUCCAGACGCGUUUUGUUCCAUAGGGAAGGAUAUACUUAUUACACAGGCCAACUUUAUCAACGGCGGUUGCAUUAUUUCGGUGAAUGUAGAUCACGCCUGCCUCGAUGGUGCAGGUCUUGUAAUCGCAGCCAAAGCAUGGGCAGAGAACUGUAGAUAUCUACAAGGAGACAGUUCAGCAUUGUGUGAAUGGUAUGAUCCGAUGAGCCUCGAUCACAGUAUUCCAGAGGUGCUCCACGAACUGGAAGGAUACACACGUCCGGUGGAGGAGAUCGAUGCAAGUGCGUGGGAUUUUCUACCGUUAUCACCGCCAGAAGAUAUACUCGCAAAGCAACCUACACAAUCUGGCACGUUGCCAUUACGAUUUUCGGCGGAACGAAUGACCCCAUUCCCUAAUAAGUGGAAAACGUUGGGCGACAGGAAGUUGAACAGAACUUCGCUCUCGAUUCCUCCUGAAAAGAUGCGAAAACUCAAGGAACACAUCGGGAGGGGUUUGGGGGAGAAGGCCGUCAUGCCCUCAACUAGCGAUAUCGUUCAAGCUUUUAUCUGGCGAACAGCGUUAAAGGCUCGCUACGCUGUCGCUAAGAAGAACGGUCGUGAGUUUGGAAUGGACGAAUGCUGCAUUUUAGAAGCGGCAACUGAUGGUCGGCCAUACUUUUCCCCUCUGUUGCCAUUAUCAUACAUGGGCGUCAUGCUCUACUUUAAUCGUACGAGCAUGCCGAUAGAGAAGCUUUGCAGCACACACACGAGUAUCUUAGAUAUCGUAAAAGUUUUGCGCAGUUCUGCUGCACGUAUCACUCCUUCGUUAGUACAUGACGCUUUCAGCUUACUUCAAGUGGUCUCAGACUACACCAAAACUUCCAUUGCGUCUGUGGGACUGGACAACAUGCACACAAUGGUCACAAAUAUGAUGUUGUUUCCAUUGAACGAAAUCAAUUUUGGCGAGCGAUACUUUGCCAAUAAAGGCUCCCCAGAGAGGAUGGGACCUGUAACAGAGAGACAGGACAGACUCCUUCGAUUUAUGGUCAUCUAUCCGUUGAGGCCAGAUGGGGGGGUAGACGUAUCAAUCGGGACGUUCCCUGAAGAUCGAGAGAUGCUUUUACAGGACGAUGAGUUCACAAUGUAUGCUGAUUUGGUCGACGUAGCUGCCUGA